AUGUUACCAAGAGGAAACGUGAAUGUGGACUGGUUCAAUGCACUCGAGCUGAACUUUGUGCGCCGACAGCUCAACGACAUUGUUGAAUACAGCCAUGAGAUACCGGUCGGGAUUUCAUUGCAGAGUAUGCGGUGCGGCGUUUGCUUCUACCGUGUCUUUGAGUCGCCUGAGGGGCGCUUUGACCUCCGAGACCUCAUAGCCAGGUGUUGGUGGGGUGAUGCGAAGACAUGUUGCGAGUACCUUGUCACCUGGACUUUGAGCAAUGCAAUUGACCAUCGCUUGCUGUUGGAGAAACGGUGUUUGGUUCCAUGUGGCGUGCAAGGCAGCAAUCUUGGAGGGCAGCUCACGGCGGACGUAGUUGUUGUGGCCGUGGUGAAGUGUUUGUGCGUGGAAUCAGUCGUGCCAUAA